AGAAAUGUCAUGUGUGAUCUUCCAUUAAGCAGUAGAAUCUCGUCUACCUGGCUAUUUCUCAAGGUGUUACUGUUUAAAGGAGUGCACAGGAAUGCCUGGGAAGGAGCUGCGUUUAACAGUCACUGUUGUGAACAGCUUUGUUGGAGUAUCUCUUCUGGCACUGCCUUUCUGCUUCCAGCAGUGCGGUAUAAUCCUGGGCUCCCUCCUGCUGAUCUGCUGUUCCUGGUUGGCUUACAGCUCUAGCCUGAUGCUGCUUGAAGCGGCGAUAGCAGCUAAACGCAAAACAUACUUUGGUCUCGCUCAAAUGUCGAAUGGAACGUUUGGAAAGUUAGUGGUUGAAAUAAGGUGUUGCUGGUUUCCUGCUUACAGUAUGAUUGGGUUGAUGCUGGGAACCUGCACUGCUUUCUUUGCUGUGCUUCAAGAUCUGGGAGCCAACCUUUUCUUGGCAUUAACUGGAUCCCCGACUACUCCCUGGCAACGUGCUCUAUUGCUGUUUACCAUUACCUCUAUAGUGAUUCUCCCUCUCAGCCUGGAGAAGACAGUGUUGGAUUCAGCCUGGCAGUCAUUGAUCUCUCUCAUCUUCUACAUGUUAUUAAUGAUUGUGCUGCUGGUAUACUGCCUGAAAUCAAUGCUGUCUGGUGACCUGAAAAUGGAGAAGGUCCUUUUAUGGCAGUGGUCUGGAAUUGCCACGUCCCUACCGAUAUUUGCCACCUCAUUCUGUUGUCACCCACUAGUGCUUCCCAUAUACUUCAACCUCAGAGGGCAAUCACUGGAGCGAAUGAAUGUAGUCUGCAAGCAAGCGACCAUAAUCACCUUUACCUUUUAUACAGUAAUUGGAUUAAGUGGCUACCUGCCUCUCCCUGAAGCUGUACCAGGAGAUAUCCUUGCUGCUUUGCCCCCAAGUUUUGAAACACAUGGUAUACGUGCUAUAUUUUUAAUCUCCCUCACAUCGAGCUUCCCACUGAUUAUUUUGCCCUGUCGCCAAGCCAUUAGCACGCUCCUUAUCGAACAACAGAAAGAAGAUGGGACGUUCUCAGUGAGUGGAGAUAUGCCCUUUCAUCAGCAUGUAACAGCCACAGUUUUAUUAGUUUACUGCACCAUGAUCAUGGGUGUUCUGGUACCAAAUGUGGAGACUGUGUUGGGAAUUAUGGGAACCACCAUGGGGAGUUUCAUCUGCUUCAUUUGUCCAUCUGUAAUUCAUGCAAGACUGCGGAAAGAUACUUUCACAGGAAGAGUUGUUCUGGGAAUGGGAGUGCUCCUCCUCCUUAUCCGUGCAUCCAGUAUCGCCAAUUUAAACAGGGAGAAUUUCCAUUUACAACCAGUCCGGAAAUCCAUUGUGGUCGAUGAAUCAGGAACUGCAGAGCUAACAUACAGGAACAAAGAUGUCCCAACCCCACCCACAGGACUCGUUUCACCAGAAUUGAUCAGUAAUGCUGGCGAUAAACAGUUUAAACAAGAAGGUGGAUGGCUCAUCUACAUGCCAGGAGGAACUGGGGCAAGCACUGUUGUCAGCAAAGAAGCUGCCAGCAGUAAAGAAGUUGUCCAGCUCCGAGAGGCUGGUUCCAGCACAGAGGAAAGAUUAAAGGAAUGGGAAGAAACGGAAAGGAGAAAAGUAAUUACGCCUUUAUCAGAAAUCCAGCAAAAAGCAAAAACAUCAAACCCACCCACCGGCAGGACACACAGACUGAAAUGGUCCCCCAAUGUGACUGUGUCAACCUACACUUUGAAAAGGAAACGACAGAUCAAAACUUAAACGACCACAGUUGCAGCUACUUUUCAAUUUAGCAAAAACUGAUUUUGGAAAGAUUGAAAGUGUUAAGGAACAAAGAACCUCAAAGCCUCCGUUUGUUCUUUGCCCUUCCACACCAUCAAGCUACACCGAGUUGAUUGAGAGCUGCUAGAAAGUGGACCUUCUUGUGUCAAGAGUUCCUCUAUUUUUUUUUCUAAUUAUCCUUGACUGGAAGUAAAGGCUACACCGUUAUCCACGAGUGGAGUAAGGGUCGUCUCUGACAGUGUGCUGGUCUCCAAGAAAAUGAUUUCCUGUCUCCUAUCUUGACUACAAUAGCCACCUAUAUCCUUCCAACUCAGUGUAACGCCUUUUAAGGAUGUGUAAUUUAUCUGAACAAAAACUGUCAGAUGACAGUCUGAAACAAAUAUCAUUUUUUACUCAAAGAGAUUUGAGAUCUGCUUCCUUCUGUGAGCAUAUUAGCCUGGAUUUUCUGAUUGCAUUUCCCAUGGGCAUUAACAAAGCACUAAUCGGAAAAUACAAGCUAUAAUCAUUUAAUUCAGCUGCAUCCAUUUUGCAAGUGCUACCACUAACCACCCCCACCCCAAGGACAACAAGAAUGCACACAUUUCAGGUCAUCCGCCAUAUUGAGAUAGGCACUUGCACUGGCAGCUGGAGGGCACAGUGGCCUCAUGUAAAGUGGAAAAUAAUUUAUUUAAAUGGCAGUACCCAAUUUUCAAUCACUCCAACACUUUACUCAUGUGAAUCCAGGAAGAGCAGAUGUGCUGAUGUACAUUGGCUCCCAGUCCACCAACACUUCAACUUAAAAAUUCUCAUCCACUUGUUCAGUUCCAUCCAUGGCCUCACUGCUCCCUAUCUCUGUAACCUCCUCCAAAAUCUCUUUGUGAGUUUCAUCAACUCUGGCCUUUUGUGCAUCCCCCACCUCUUUCGCCCCACCAUGAAGACUAUGCCUUCAGGCACCUAGCCGUAAGCCCUGGCAUUCCCUUUCUAAAUCUCUCCACCUCUAUAACUCUCCCUCUCCUUUUCAGGUGCUUCUUAAAUCCUACUCCUUGAUCAAACAGGCCAUAUCCUGAUGAAUCAAAUGGCGAUUUUUGUGUAAUAAUGCUCUGUGAUGCAUCUUGGGACAUUUUGCUAUGUUAAAGAACUAUGUAACUGUAAGGUGUUGUUUGUAAUCAUUGUGAAGCUGUUGAAAAUAAACUU